UCCCGGGUUAAUUAGUAGUCUCCGUGUGUGGCUGGGAAGCAGGAGAAGGAGCCGUACAAAAGAGCCCUGGCAGCUGCGGCUGCUCUCCUCCUCCUCCUCCUCCUCCUCCAGACUCUCCCCCCAUCCUCCUCCUCCUCCUCCUCCUCCUGCUGCUGCUGCUGCUCUUCUUCCUCAGGCCGCCUGCAAGGAGUCCGGUUCCUUCCUCGGGGGAGGACAAGUCAUCCCCGCCCUGCGCUGGCCAGACCCUCUUUGCUGCAGGUUGCCUUGCUCAGGCGGAUUGUCAGUGCAAGUGUGUUCAGCUUCUGCACUGGCAUUUUGGCACAUCUUGGCAGGAGGACUGCUUGUUCAUUCAGGAAGCAUCCCUGACUCUCUGGAGUUCAGAUCCCAGAAACUGCUGCAUUAUGACAAGGUGUUCCUCAGACAUGAUUGUCAUGUGACUUGUCAGCCAUGGCGAGCAGGAAAUGUCAAACCACCACAGCCAGCAUGCUGGAUCACCGGGCGAGAGCUUCCCCGCCUUUGCCUCAGGGUAGGGAGGCUGAAAAUGAGGGUGAUAACUUGCCUGUGGAGGACUAUGUGGAGAAGGAGACGGAGGUUGUGGCUGCCAGGGAAGGCACCCCUACGCUGGCCGAGCACGAGUGUCUCGACCACAGCGGAGAUGGCGACUCCAGUUCUGAUUAUGUCAACAACACUUCCGAAGAGGAGGAUUACGAUGAGGGGCUCCCGGAGGAAGAAGAAGGGAUUACUUACUACAUCCGAUACUGCCCAGAGGAUGACGGUUACCUGGAAGGGAUGGACUGCAGCGGGGAAGAGUAUGUCCCCCAUGAAGAACAUCCAGUGGAGACGGAUGAGUGCCAGGAAGCUGUGGAGGAAGCGGAGUGGUCCGACAUGAAAAUGCAGCACCGGGAUGAAUGUGAAGUCACAGAAGCCCCGGGCCACCACGAGGGCUGCGUCCAGGUUUUGGAAGGGGAGGUGGCCUGCCUGGAGAUCCAAGACCAAGAAGAGAACCUCCCGUAUUGCCAUCCAAGCGAAGAGCGCUACCAGGGUUACUACUCGCCUGAAGCAAAUGGGAAUCCCCACGGGAUGUCUCCUUACCACUCUGGGAAAGAAGAGGCUGAGCUAGAAGAACAGGAGGAAGACAUCGACCAGAUCGUUGCAGAGAUUAAGAUGAGCAUGAGUAUGAGCAGCAUCAACAGCGCCUCGGAGAUGAGCCCGGAGCAUGGAGGGACUGAAAACGUGCCAAAUGACUAUGCAGAGACUUGUCCAAAGGGAGAGUCUGGCCACAGCUCCAACAGGCAUCUGGGAAGGCCAAAAUCAUUGAACAUCCCCACUGCAUCAAAGCAAGUGGGAGAUGUACCCAGAGGCUUCAAAACCAAGUCAAGAACCCCCGAGGAAAGACAGACGUGGCCACAAGAACAGACAAAGAAGGUGUCCUCCUUCCCAAGCUUUGUUGAUGUUCCAGGACCUUGCGAACCCGAAGACCUCAUUGAUGGCAUCAUCUUUGCAGCCAAUUACUUGGGCUCCACGCAGCUGCUCUCGGAGCGCAACCCCUCCAAAAACAUCCGAAUGAUGCAAGCCCAGGAGGCGGUGAGCCGCGUCAAGAGGAUGCAAAAGGCAGCUAAAAUCAAGAAAAAAGCGAGCUCUGAGGGAGAUUCCCAGGCUUUGACAGAAGUGGAUUUAUUCAUCUCCACACAGAGGAUUAAAGUUCUGAACGCAGAUACACAGGAAACCAUGAUGGACCAUGCACUGCGCACCAUCUCCUACAUUGCCGAUAUAGGUAACAUCGUCGUUUUGAUGGCCAGGCGCCGGAUGCCCCGAUCAGCUUCGCAGGACUGUAUUGAGACGACCCCCGGCGCACAGGAAGGAAAGAAGCAGUACAAGAUGAUCUGCCACGUCUUUGAAUCAGAGGAUGCUCAGCUGAUUGCCCAGUCAAUUGGCCAGGCCUUCAGUGUGGCAUACCAGGAGUUCCUCAGAGCUAAUGGCAUCAACCCUGAGGAUUUGAGUCAGAAGGAAUACAGUGACAUCAUCAACACCCAGGAGAUGUACAACGAUGAUCUGAUCCAUUUUUCCAACUCGGAAAACUGCAAGGAGUUGCAGAUAGCCAAACACAAGGGCGAGAUUCUCGGUGUGGUCAUCGUGGAGUCUGGCUGGGGGUCCAUUUUACCCACAGUGAUCCUGGCCAACAUGAUGAAUGGUGCCCCAGCUGCUCGUUCAGGGAAACUCAGCAUCGGGGACCAGAUUAUGUCCAUUAACGGGACCAGUCUCGUGGGGCUUCCCCUGGCAACAUGUCAAGGAAUCAUAAAGGGUCUUAAGAACCAGACGCAAGUGAAGCUGAACAUUGUCAGCUGCCCUCCGGUCACCACUGUCCUUAUAAAGCGACCGGACUUGAAAUACCAGCUGGGCUUCAGUGUGCAGAAUGGAAUUAUCUGCAGUCUGAUGCGAGGUGGGAUAGCUGAGAGAGGUGGUGUCAGGGUUGGCCAUCGCAUCAUUGAGAUCAACGGUCAAAGUGUCGUUGCCACGGCUCAUGAGAAGAUUGUACAAGCUUUGUCAAACUCUGUGGGAGAGAUUCAUAUGAAGACCAUGCCCGCAGCAAUGUUCAGGCUGCUAACGGGACAGGAGACACCACUGUACAUCUAACUCUCAUCAAAAGAACUGAAUGAUCCCAGCCAUUCUAGAACCUUCAAGAGGAAUUUUUGUAUUUUGUAGGAACGGAAAGGGUUUGAACCAAUUCGUGGAUAUAUUCUGGAAACUCAACAGAUCCAGCUUCUUUGCCUUUUUCUUCUCCAUUUCUUUCUCUUUUAAACAACAUUAUGUUGCCAAAAGAUGAAUCUGUUACUUAUGGACCAAUAACCAACUGACACCACCUUUCCAAUACAUGGAAGUAUUUUGCAACAUCGGCUACAAAGCCCUUUCCCUGUGGAAGCUGGCAGCGUAGGGCGGCAUCCACCACAAACGCCCCCUGUGCAAACCCCACGAGCGUGUUGUCUGGGAUCCAGCUGCAGGCAGUGGGGCCUGCGCAAUCCCUCUUGCUGGUGGAUUCUGCUUGUGGCAUUUAUUUGAACACUGACUGCAGCAUGCCCGUCCCAGGUGUGCACGCCUGCUGCUUCUAAGCAAUGUGGCAAAACUGCCUGUGUAAUUGGAGGAGAUAAGUGAGGGCAGGCCAGUUUCGAAAUGACCAAGAAUGUAUGCACUUCUGGCUGGGGCUGGGGCUGGGGGUGGAGCGUUUGAUGCUAAUCCAAUGAAAAGCUACUGUUGUCCUUGGUAUUCUUAUUGACAAGUGUAACGUGUUAACAAGUUUUGAUGAAACGUGACUUUAAGUGUGGAACAAGGGGUGGGGGCUGGUGGGGGUGAUGGGGAGGAGGAGGUUUUUUAAAAAAAACAAAAACCCAGAUGCAAAAUAACAAAAGACUUGCCGCAAUAUAAAGCUGGAUAUUUAUUUAGAUCAAGUAAAUUUAUGGUUUGGAAACUGAAGUUUUUUAAUGACUGAAAUUGUUCUUAUGGCUUUGCAUAUGGGGUACAGGGGGUUCCUAGUUUUUAAUAUCCCACAACCUUCCAUCUAUUCCUCUUUGGUUGAACUUGAGUUUACUACCAGAAAGCCAUGUUUAAAUAGUUUUAAGGUCAAUCCUGUUUCCUUUUUCUUGUUUUUUUUCUGAGCCAACAUGUGGUCUGAAUGUAAAUGAUGGCUGCAAACGGGGAAGUCAUCGCCAUCAACAGUAUUAGAAUUUGUGGAGAUGAUAAACCGAGUACUAGUAAUGUUGUGUUCAUUAUGAGAUAAAUGUUAACUGAUGUAACCUUUUUUGUCUUGAUUUCUCUCUCUCUCCUUUUGGCCAAGGCCUUGAAAAAAACAAUAAUACACUGUGACUAAAGAAGCCUUACAUGCAGUAACAGAAAAGCUUUAGGAUUACUGUAGUUCAAGGAGUAACGCCGUAGAUCUCUUGUUGCAUGCAGGUGACCCUAGGAGAGAAAUAAUCGAGACUCGCUAAUAAAUUUGGAGUAAUAAAGCA